AGGGGCGUUGCGAAGGAGGGGCCACGAGGAGGGGCUCCCUUCCGGGAGGAGGGCGAUUAGUAACCCGGAAGCGGUCGGCAGUGCGGCGCUGUUUAAAGAUGGCGGCGGAGGAACCUCAGCAGCAGAAGCAGGAGCCGCUGGGCAGCGACUCCGAAGGAGUUAACUGUUUGGCCUAUGAUGAAGCCAUUAUGGCUCAACAGGACCGAAUUCAACAAGAGAUUGCUGUGCAGAACCCUCUGGUGUCAGAGCGGCUGGAACUCUCAGUCCUGUACAAGGAGUAUGCUGAGGAUGACAACAUCUAUCAACAGAAGAUCAAGGACCUCCACAAAAAGUACUCAUACAUCCGUAAGACCAGGCCUGAUGGCAACUGCUUCUAUCGAGCAUUCGGCUUCUCCCACUUGGAGGCACUGCUGGAUGACAGCAAGGAGCUGCAGCGGUUCAAGGCUGUGUCUGCCAAGAGUAAAGAGGACCUGGUAUCCCAGGGCUUCACUGAGUUCACAAUCGAGGACUUCCACAACACGUUCAUGGACCUUAUCGAGCAGGUGGAGAAGCAGACCUCAGUAGCUGACCUGCUGGCCUCCUUCAAUGACCAGAGCACCUCAGACUACCUUGUGGUCUACCUGCGGCUGCUCACCUCAGGCUACCUGCAGCGAGAAAGCAAGUUCUUCGAGCACUUCAUAGAGGGUGGCCGGACCGUCAAGGAGUUCUGCCAACAGGAGGUGGAACCCAUGUGCAAGGAGAGCGACCAUAUCCACAUCAUCGCCCUGGCCCAGGCCCUCAACGUGUCCAUCCAAGUAGAGUACAUGGACCGCGGUGAGGGCGGUACCACCAACCCACACGUCUUCCCUGAGGGCUCUGAGCCCAAGGUCUACCUUCUCUACCGGCCUGGACACUACGAUAUCCUCUACAAAUAGGGCCGGCUGGCCUGCUGCGCCCUGCCUCCCUCCCCCUGCCAGGCACUAGACAUGUACAGAGGGUUUUGUUUUAUUUUGUUUUGGGUUUGUUUUUUGUUUUUUUGUUUUGUGGUUGUAAAUGGUCAUAUUUCACUCCUCCCUUUUCCCUGUCACACAACCUUCCAUGUUUUAUUAAAGGGGAUGCUGGUGUGA